AUGAUGUCUUUACCGAGGAGAAGGAGCUUUUUCAGGGUACAUCUUGUGUUUUUGCUGCUUGCUUGUGCCUGGCAUGCGGUGUCUGGCCAGCUCUCUUACACCGUCUCCGAGGAGAUAAACCAGGGGACUGCUAUUGGAAACAUCGCGAAGGAUCUUAACCUAAAUGUGCAGGAUCUGCAGUCCCGUACGUUCCAGAUUGUUACUGGAUCAAAGAGGACAUUUGCCGAAGUAAAUCUAAAGACUGGUGCUCUCUAUGUCACGGAAAGAAUAGACAGAGAGGAGCUUUGUGCAGAGGAGCCCAAAUGCACAGUCAGUGUGGAGGCUGUGAUAAAUAACCCGUUGGAGCUUCAUCGCAUUGAAAUAGAGAUUUUAGAUGUAAAUGAUAAUGCUCCGACUUUUGAAACCCGGUCACAAGAUUUAUACAUAGCGGAGAAUACUUUACCGGGAGCGAAAUUCGCUUUAUCCGAAGCCAGUGAUGCAGAUGUUGGGAAAAAUGGAGUCAAUACCUACAAAUUGAGCCAGAAUGAUCAUUUCUCAUUAGCAGUCAACAGAGACGGAGGGAGUGUGUCUGCAGAAUUGGUGCUGCAGAAAGCCUUAGACCGAGAGAAACAACAUCUAAUGAAUCUCACACUAACCGCUGUAGACGGAGGUAGCCCUCCGAAGUCAGGAAGCUCACAGCUUAUAAUUCAUGUUUUGGAUAUAAACGAUAAUCUACCCAUAUUCAGCAAAGCUUUGUAUAAAGCUCAACUCCCUGAAAACACGCCGCCGGGCAAGAAUGUAGUCACGGUGAACGCUAACGAUGCAGACGAAGGGCUGAAUAGUGAAAUAGUGUAUUCUCUCAGAAGCAAAGAUCAAGACCGCAUCCUUGAUAUAUUUGAAAUUGAUCGCCACACGGGAGCUAUCACGGUAAAAGGCAGUAUAGACUUUGAAGAGAAGAGAGCUUUUGAGAUACGUGUUGAGGCUAGCGACAGAGGCCAGCCUCCAAUGUCUGCACAUUGCAAGGUGCUGGUAGAAGUGGUGGACUUGAAUGACAAUGCGCCUGAGAUCACUGUGACGUCACUACGUCACACCGUGAAUGAGGACGCUAAAGUAGGCACUGCCGUUGCACUUGUGUCGGUCCUUGAUAAGGAUGGGGACAAAAAUGGGCAAGUGAAAUGUGAGCUCGCUGAGAAGGUCCCUUUUAAAUUGGUAACAAACUAUAAAAACUAUUAUUCAUUGGUAGUUGACGGGUUGCUCGACAGAGAGAGUGACUUUCAAUACAACGUCUCUGUCAUAGCUACUGAUGGAGGACUUCCACCUCUCACGAGCACCACUGACAUUACCAUACGCGUUUCUGAUGUUAACGAUAACCCUCCACGUUUCUCUGAACCGACAAUUAAUAUUAAUUUAAAAGAAAACAGACCAGCGGGAGCAAUUAUUAAAACAGUAUCUGCUAUUGAUGCUGAUGUUGAUCAAAAUGGCAAAGUGAGUUAUGCAUUUUUAGACGGUAUCAGUGACUCACUUCCGCUUUCCACGAUGAUAAAUAUCAACUCAGAGACUGGAGAUAUAGUCAGCCUGCAGUCUUUUAACUAUGAGGAGAUGAAAACGUUCCAGUUUAAAGUUCAGGCCACAGACUCUGGUGCUCCUCCACUCAGCAGUAAUGUGACUGUGAACGUGUUUAUCCUGGAUGAGAAUGACAACAGUCCCGGGAUUCUCGCUCCCUAUUCUGAACACGGCUCCGUUAACAGUGAGAACGUCCCCUAUUCUGCUGAAGCGGGUUACUUUGUGGCCAAGAUCAGGGCUGUAGACGCAGACUCUGGAUAUAAUGCUCUGCUUUCUUAUCACAUCGCUGAGCCCAAGGGGAACAGCCUGUUCCGAAUCGGAACCAGCACCGGGGAAAUCAGGACUAAGAGGCGAAUGAGUGACAAUGACCUGAAAACGCACCCGUUGGUGGUGUUGGUUUCUGAUAACGGAGAGCCCUCCCUGUCAGCUACUGUGUCUAUUGAUGUGGUGGUGGUUGAAAGCACAGGUGACAUGCAGACUCCGUUCAGACACGUACCCAUAAAGGAGGAGAGCUUCUCUGAUCUAAACUUGUAUUUGCUGAUCUCCAUCGCGUCAGUGUCAGUGGUGUUUCUACUGAGCCUCGUCAGUUUAAUAGCUGUGAAAUGCCACAGGACAGACGGCAGUUUCAGCAGGUACAGCGCCCCAAUGAUCACCAGCCACCCUGACGGGAGCUGGUCUUACUCUAAAGCUACUCAGCAGUAUGACGUGUGUUUCAGCUCAGACACGCUGAAGAGUGACGUAGUAGUUUUCCCUGCGCCGUUUCCGCCUGCUGAUGCGGAGCUGAUCAGUAUUAAUGGAGGAGACACUUUUAACAGGACUCAGACUUUACCCACCAAAGACAAGGUAAGGAAAAUGUUUUUUUUAUCGACUGUUAUCAUAUCAAACCAAAUGUCUUAUUUCGAACAUGUAAAAUAA